ACGGGAGGAGUACGCUUCGUGCUCUUCGCUUUAAACCGGCACAUAAACACGCACGGCAUACGGUUCGCGCACUGAUUUGCUCUUCUUUGCCGAGCGAUCUCGUUCGCGAUUCAUCAAUUAACGAUCAUCGAUUCAGCCGGAACUUUUAUCUUUAAUGAAAAUCGUCAAUCGUGGGAAAAUAAACGGCUGACUCUUUCAAGUGUGCGGACGGACGGACGGACGGAAGUGACUAGUGUGAGAGCGAGGCAGUGAAGUGAGCGAGUAAACGCGUAUUGUAUAUAUAUAUAUAUAUAUGUAUUUGUAUAUAUAUAUAUAGAGAGAGAGUGCAAGAUAAAAUGAUGAAAUGACCGAGAGAUGAGUGGUUGGUGGAUUGGCGCUGACGCUGCCGUGGCCGCCGUUGGCGUAUAAUGGAUUUAUUGUCCGUUCUUCCUUCAGCGUCGUCGUUGUCGUCGUCGUCGUCGUCGUCGUCGUCAUCGUCGUCGUCGUCGUCGUCGUCGUCUCCUCUUGUACACUGUUCCUCUUUUCACCGGGAUCUCCAUCAGUUGGGAUAGAGGUGGAGUAGCCCAAGGCGCAUAAAAGUGGGCGCAGUUUUUUUUUUUUUUUUUUCGGAAAAUCGUCGUCGCCCAGCGGAGCUGCAGCAGCCUGUGGAGAGGAGAGCAUGAGAAGCGGAGGACGAUCGAAAUGAGGCCGAGAUCGUGCUGCUGGUUGUUGUUUUUCGCGUGGCUCUGCCUCGGCUGCCUCGUGCUGCCCUCAAGCUCGUUCACCUCCGACGAAGCGAGCGAAGAUGUGGGCUCGGAAGACGAUGAGACUUACGUUGAGGAGGAUGAGAAUCCAUCAGCGACGAUAGCCAGUGACCCGGAACUGAUCGCGGGUGGUAAUUUACCAGUGUUCUUAACCGAACCCAUCGACUCGUACAUCGUCAGGAACAAGCCGACAACCCUCACCUGUAAAGCAGCUCACGCGUUGCUCGUGUACUUCCGUUGCAACGGAGACCGCGUCAAGAAUCAUUUCCAACAGGAGUUCGUGGAUCCUCACACUGGUACGCGCAUUAUCGAGAGCGAGUUAAACAUCACGCGCAACGACAUUGAAGAGUAUUUCAGCAAGAACAAGUACAAGUGCGACUGCGUCGCUUGGUCGGGCUCCGGAGAGAUUAACAGUCAACCGGCAACCAUCGAUGUCGCAUAUUUGAAGAAACAAUUCGAGUCGCCGCCGUACAGCGUGUCGGUGGAGGCCGGUCAAGGCACGGAAUUGCGAUGCCUAGCGCCGAUAGGUCUACCGCCGCCUCGGGUCUACUGGCUGAGGAAUGGCCUGGCGCUGGACGCGAGCGAGCCAAGCACCGCGGAUACGCUGCUGGUAUCGAGCGAGGGCCAUCUGCUUGUCGGCCAAGCCAAGCUCUCUCACAUGGCCAACUAUACCUGCGUUGCCGAGAACAUUGCCGCCAAGAGGCAGAGCGACCCCGCCAGCAUCACUGUCUACGUUAACGGAGGUUGGUCGUCCUGGUCAGCAUGGUCCGAGUGUCACAGUAGAUGCGCCAAAGGCGGACAAAAGAGGACGCGUACGUGUACCAACCCGGCUCCUAUGAAUGGCGGACAACCCUGCCUUGGAGCGGCUCAGCAAAAAAACGACUGCAAUACCAACUGUCAACCCGAGGAGAUGGAAACCUUCACUAAUAUGAUCGUGGAUGGAGGCUGGUCCAGAUGGUCCGCGUGGUCGGUCUGCAAUAGUAAUUGCACCCACAGCAGGCACAGAACUUGCAACGAGCCGGCAGCCAGCCAAGGUGGCCGACCUUGUCCUGGCAAGGACCUUAUGGUUGGAAAUUGUACUGGUGGCAUGUGCAAUGUUGACAGCAGCAGAAUCGGCGGAGCCCACUUAACCGAAGAGGCGAGCCGGCAAAUGGACGUCGCACUCUACGUUGGAUUGACGGUCGCUUGUCUGCUCAUCGGCGGCGUUGGUUUCUUCCUCGUGAAACUUGUCCAGCGAAAGGGACGCGAUCACUCGCUUUAUUCCAUGGCCCGAAGCGAAUUCCAGCCUGAAUUCUACCAGGACCAAGAGAAAAAGCUGAACCUGCAGCCGGACGUAACGGCAACGAUAGUACCCGCCUGCUACGAGUAUCCGUUCGACCCAAAGCUGUCCAUGUCUCGUUCCCUCUCCGAGCACCACUACGACGUACCCCAUCUUUCGCUCAAUUCUGGCCCGCAAUCCUCGUCGGUCGUACCAUCGACGAUGUCGCCGACUCCAAGCACAUCGACUCACGAAUCCUGCGGCAGCGACAAACAGAUGCUGUCCGGCAGUGAGAACAGCCUUUCAAGUUCCUAUCCGUCGACCGAGUCGACGUACAACGUUGCGACUGGCAACGUGCGACUGCCAACGCUCGAAGCCGGCAACGUAGCCAGAGCACACGUUAAUUCCAAAGGAGCCUUGUUGGUGUUGCCGGAGUCGGGGAUCUCGAUGUCGGUGCCCGAGGGAGCCGUGCCCAAGUCGUCGAGGAACGAGCUCCACGUGGCUGUCCUCAACGAGGAUCGAUUUCGACCUCAAUUACCAGAUGGUGUAACGCAACUCUCGGCAGUGGUAAGCUGCGGCCCCGCAACAGCCAGCUUCAACAAGCCGGUAAUACUGCAGUUCGAGCACUGCGCGAUACUUCAGCCGCCAGCCGCGUGGGAGCUUGGCAUCUGGUGCUGCGAGAACUUGGAGCUCGACGAGAGCGCCUCGGUAGCCAUGGUCAAAGACAAGCCGAUACUCUGGACCAAGUUGCUGACGAUAGGCAACGAGACGAUCGUCACGCCUCUGUUCGUGCAACUCGAUCACGCCGAGGUGUUCCUCGUGACGGAACAGCUGAAGACGUACGUCCUCGCCGGGCGCAGCGUGAGCAAUCACGUAGCCACCAAGCGGCUGCGGCUGGCAGUCUACGCGAGCCCGAAUAACGGUGGCACUUGCUGUCUACGCGUGUACGCGCUCGAGGACACGAAAGCCGCGAGCAAAGCUGUGGCCGACCGCGAGGCGCAAAUCCGCGGUUGCCUCCUGGACAAGCCGCGCACGCUGCUGUUCGAGGAUAACGGCGAGGCGCUCGGCGUCACCCUCGAGGAAGUUGGCAACGAGUGGCAGAACAAGUCGCCCACCGAGCGCCAAGAGCUGACCUUCAGCGAAGUUUGGAACAGCCGCGAGAACCUCAAGUGCGUGACCUUCGAGCUGGACGCUGGACACAGCACGGCCACGCGCACCUACAAGCUGCAAGUCAGCCAGAGCAACUCGACGGACGCGAGGCAGGUGUUCAGGAUCAUUUACGACGGAACCAAGCAGUUGAUAUCGUCGGGCAGCGUGACGAGGCCGUUGCGGGAGGUGACGGUGGUCAGCAGCAUGGCCGGCGCGCAGAACUCCAACGCCGACUCGAGGACGCUGCGACCGUUCCGCUUCACCAAGUCGCUGAGGAAGCAGCUGUGCCAGUGCCUCGACCCGCCCAACUCCCUCGGCAACGACUGGAGGAUGCUCGCACAGAUGCUGCGCGUCGAUCGAUACAUCAACUACUUUGCGACCAAGUCGAGCCCAACCGAGCACAUCCUGGACCUGUGGGAAGCAAGGCAUCGCGAGCCGACUGCAGUCACAGACUUGCUCAAUCAUCUUCGCGUGAUGGGUCGAACUGAUGCUGCCACUAUACUCGAAGCUCAGCUUGGACCAUGGCUUUGAAGUGAUUAAAACGAGAAAAAGACUCGGCUACUGUUUAGUGCGCGUACGUGUGUCGAGAUUCGAUCUCGCUGGCAGGUAUGAACUACCAGGUUUCGACGUAACGAUAUGUUCUGUAAAUAUAAUAUAUAUUGCGAGACUGUUAUAUUGACUAUAAAAAGUUGUGUGCAGGAGAGAAUGGUGAUAAUGAUCGGCCAUCAGGCGGGCCGAUUGAAAACAACUAAAUUAUAACUAGAGGGAGAGAGGGAAAGUUUGUUUUCGAAUAUACCGAACGCUCGGCGCUCGUUGCUUCGGUCAUACGGACAUUGCUCUAUUUUAUUUUCUUCUCUCUCCCACUUUUUUUUUUUUUCGGUUAUGUAUAUUCUUUCGGCUAAGAUAUUAUUUAUUAAAUUUAUGUACUAUAGUUGCGCGCACGCACGCCUCGUGUGCCUCCCAACGUGAUUAAUGCUUCGAGAUUUAUUAACUAUCGGCAGACCGAGCCGAGCGUUUCUCUUCUACUAUGAAUUUAUAUGCUUCGGGGACCAGUAUGCAGCCGUUUUUUUUCUUCGCGAUCCUCGCUCUUUUUUUUCGCUCUACGGUUCUUUUUAACUUGCUGGCCCUUAUUAUCGGAUUAUUACAUCUCUCUGGUAGAAACACGAUUUUUUUGCCUUCUUCCUAACCGCCAAGCUCUUUGAAAUAAACUUUCACAUCGAUCAACGCCAAGUUUUAUCAGUAUUUAUGAUCAACCUUUUACUCAAACUUUUCGAGAAGAAAACUUGAUGCAUAUUUAGACGUAUUAAAAAAAUUAAUAACCGUUAACGAGAACAUAUAUAUCCCAAUUCAAAAUAGCGAAGAAAAUACUCAGAAGACAGAAAUAAAGAUGAACGAUCGAACACUGCCACUUUUCUUCGAAUGAUUCCUUGCCAAUCGUCAGCGAAGCUAUAACAACGCCGAGAGAGAAAAAGAAAAGAAACUACCAAUAAUACAGACCGCACACUCAAACGAGACAGAGUACCCAUUAUAUAUAUACAUAUAGUUUUAUCGAUAUGCGUUCCGUACAAUCGACUCAGACACGAUGAUAUUUCAUUUUUCCUCUCGACUCUAACGGAGCAAAAAAAAAAAAAAAACGAAAAAAACGUUCCAAUGUUUAUGUGUGUAACGGCUGUACAAGUCGCGCGCGCCGUGGGUUCGGGUAUAACUGUUUUUUUUUUCGUCGCUCAACCAAUCGUAGUUGUUUUAUUUUUCGCUCGCCCUUUUUUUACAAGUGCGGAUCAGUCAGUAGUUAAAACAAUCGGAUUUUCGUAGCCAAGCGCUCCUGUUAUUUUCCGUUAUAUUGGUCCUUGUCGGCGUUAAAUCACGCCGGUACAACCGAGGAUCGUUAAUUUAUGAAAAAAUACGCGUAGACACACAUGCAUAUACUCGGACGUGAUGAUAAACGAUAAUAUCGACAUUAAUAAGAGUCUACAUAAAUAGAUAUGAGAAAAGUAUGCAACUGUAUAUGUAUUGUAUAGAUAUGAAUGAAGUUUAAAUAUGGAAUUAUAUAGUACGUAGGCCAAAAAGGGAUUUACGCGAGGUUGACCCUAAACAACAGAAAGCAGAUCAGUUAUAUGCAUUGCUCUAUACGAUAACUGGAAUGCUCGCGCGAGCAAAACCACGGGAAUAUCUUUAGAUAUAUGCUAAUCGUGCAACUACUACGUACAAGCUGUACUGAGAACUGCAAUUGUUUCACUGCCAGCAUUGCACACUGCCUAGGCGAAAAUUCUUGUACUGAAUUUCAUUCAAACUCAUAUCGCGUAGCAAUUUUCCUAUUUCGAUUUUAUCUUUGCCUCUUCUACGUGUUCCCCGAGAGUUUGUGUACAGUUCGAAAUUAGUCGCCUUGUAGACGAUUUUACAUCAGUGCCUAGUUGAUUGACCUAUCGUUUUAUUAAUGCGUUUAAUACGGCGGAGAGUAAUGUGAAUAUUUUUAAUACGAAAACACAUUGUCCUUUACUGAUCAUUUCUUCGUCGCGGCCGGGUAAAGUAAAGAUAUUCGAGUGGUUUUUAACGCCCGAUACGACGAAUAUGGCUAUUGGGAAAUCCAACGCUGAUAUGAGAAAAAUGACGGCUCUAUGUAAGUGUUAAUUAUAAUGAAACACUAACCAACCUCCCGAAUGGUAAUAGAAAAAAACGACGUUUUUUGAACUCUUAUGAAUAUUUAUAUAGAAAGAAAUGGAAAAGAAACUCAUCGUAAACGUAUAAAGUAAAGAUUUCCCUCUUGGGGGAGGAAUUAAAUGCGACAGAAUGUCUUGCAUAGAGUAAACAUUUUUUUUUCGUUGUAAGAAGCGAGAUACCAUGACUCUAGUAGGAUAACCAAUACGCUGAUCAUUGUAACGCAUGAGAGAAGAAACUACUGUAGGAUCGGUGCCAAGAAAAAAAAAUCUUAUAUAAGAAUUCGUUAUUAAGCUUAUGUAAAUGUGCGCGCAGCGAGCGAGAGGGAGAGGAAGAGAGUAAUUCAACACUUAGGGCAGUCGUUCACUGAUCCGUUUGUGCCAAGUUUGUAAAGAAAAAGAUACCGUGUGAGCAUCGCAUGUUUAAAUCUGAGUUCCGCCAACUGAAAACUCUCCUGCUCGCGAGACUGAGUGCAUUUUCCGCGCGAUUGAAAAGUUUAUCUUCGCCUCUCUUGCUCUCGCUGUAUCGGAAAGUUCUAUACGCGACGGAAAAUCCAUGACAAUAUAAUCUAUCACCCACACACUUGUACGCGGAAAGUUCACGGAAAACAGGAAUUUAUUCCGAACGUUGAAAAAUGAAAAUCAACUUUUUUUCGUUUUACACUUGCGACGGGCUCUGCGCACGACUGGUACGCGCCCGCGGCGCCUAUUAUACAAUUUAAAAUGCAUGCGAAGGAAACGUGCGCGCGGACACGGAAUACGCAUAUAACGUAUUACGUGCAGAGUGAGUGAGUGAGAGAGAGAGAGGCCAACGAACGACGAGAUGAUGUUAAGACUCUCCAAGCGCGGCCUCGAGAGACGAGUCAGAGAAAGAGAGAAACGCUGAUAUCGCGGUUUAUCGUUCGUUUUCAUUCGUUCGUUUCAACUAUUCGAUUGUCAUUAUUAUUUCGAGAUCGUCGGCAAACCGUUUAGUUGAAAAAAGAAGAUAUCUUGAAAUUUGUAUAUUUGUUAUCUUAGACGAAUAAAAUAUUCUUGUA